UUGAAUGGGGAAAACGCGCGCGCGAGGCAACGACGUUCACACACCGACCGCGAACGGCAACCGUCACACUUUGGUGUCACGGGUCACGUUCGUCACUUAGCAUCAAUUUAGUGAAGUAUUAGUGCGGACUUCGUUUUUAUAACAUCGUAAUUUUUUAUACUCGUGCGUUUCAUACAACCAACAUAUACCGAUUUGUAUUAUCGUAUUAUUAUUAGUAUUGUAACGUAAAAUUAUUAUUUUUUCGCGCAAAACAAUUUUUUACGUUCGAACGCGUCGAGUGUUGACGGCAUAUUUUUAUUAUGUUUUGUUGUUAACUGUACGAUAAGUAUACAUAAAUAAAUUCGUAAAUCUCUCGUGCGUCAUUUUUGCAAGUCGUCGUACAUGUCCAACAAGUGUUCGCGUUGCUCCCGUCGGACGUACCUACCCUUAGUUUGACGCGUAAAAACAAAAUACAAGUAACAUUUUUAGGGGGCCGGUGAUGCGUGAUGGUCGGACCGCGCGCGUUAACGGUGGUGUUUUACGCUGGGGUACUGGCGGCGGCCGCGACGACGGAAACGACAAUGACCGCGGCGGAAGCCAAGCCGCCGGCCGAGCUCAAGAGCGACAACAACAACCGACAACAAUCAUUGACGAGGAUAAUGUCGGCGGUGGCGGCGUCUGCUGAUCAACAAGUACUGCAUCAAGAACAAUUGUUGUCGCAGCACAGGCGGUUCCGGCACGAGGCUUCUUCCGUACGGGUCCUCUAUCAGAUCGGGAACUCCGAGGACGAGUUGCCGGUGUGCGAAAAAUGGGCGGUGUGCAGCAAGGUGGACAUGUACCAGUGGCCGUGGGUGGAGAGACAGUGCAGGUGUCCUCCGGGAGUGCCGCCGUGCUCGCAAAUGCUGUCGCCGGCUGACGGGCACACCAUCACCGACAAGACGAGGCAGUUCAAGUUGUGUGAGCCCAUCAAAAUGUUACCGAAAUGCCGUUACUUCAGGGACAUGGCGUGGACGUUGCGAAGCGAAGGCAAUGGUACGCUGCAGACGGUCCACUGUCACUGUCCAAAGGGCUCCGUCGCGUACCUAUUGAAACGACAAGCGUACCAAACCGAGUCCAAACAAAUAGGCUACCAGUAUUCGUUUGCCUGUUCUCCACAAAGCAGACUCCGGUGCCAGCGAAAAGAACCUUGCCGGUUGUUUACGGUGCGCAAGAGACAGGAGAUGGUGGACGAGGUGAACACCAACACGCUGUGUCAGUGCCCUCAGGAGCACGCGUGCCCGUCUCACCACACCGACGCCGGGGUUAUACAGAGCAAGAAUUAUUCUGAGGAGAACAUCAGGACGUACAGCGGAUACUGUAUGCCAUCGCCGUCGGAUGACUAAUGACGGCGUCGGCCACGAGUCUUCUAUUAUUAUUUUUUUUUAUUCUAUACCUUUUUUUUGUUUUACCCGAGCGAGGAACGAUAAGAGAAAAACGGAUUCGUGGUGAUUUUUUUAAUUCAGCUUUCGUUUUCAAAUGCCUAUUUGUUUUAUUUUAUUGAAUCAAAAGAAAGCAUUAAAAAAAAAAAAAAGAA